AUGGUAGGUUCAGACGCAAUCCCAUAUUUGAUCACGUACGAAGAAUCUGCGUCUCAUGCAAUACAGGAAACAAUCCGGGACCCUGGAAGAGGUAAGCCAAGACCAGUCAUCCCAAGAACGUUGCAGCCUUCCUGCAGUAAUUCGCCGAAUCUACAACCUGCAGUUGCGGCAGCGCGAAAAGCUAAAAACACAUAAAAUUAUCGAACUUCAGCUAUGAUUCUCAACGGCACAAAGCCGCUUCCUGGCUGCACAUUCUUUCCGCGGCGUAUCAAGCAUGACAUAUUCGUCCUUGAAGCUUACAUGUUCUCUUCGCCGACGAUCGAGCACCCACGCAUUCUAUUUCUCAUAUAACGGGCGGAAGAACCAUUCGGAGAUCCCAAGACUCUCACUGUCACGUUCUCCAACUUGAUAGCCGAGAAGAUUUCCUAAUCAAGACUUACGAGCAGCAGAUACCCGGUCGAUUUAUGUUCCCUUCCGUGACAUGGGUAAGGAUAUACUUUCGCGAAACGCGGGGUGAUUACCAGUAAGUAUUGAAAUCCGGUCUCCCAAAAUCUUACACAGGUUCCCCGCCCAGCGAUUGUGGGGAAAUGUGAUGGAUCCGGAAAAAAUCGCAAUGUAUGUCACUUAAACUUGGAGGGGAUUCCCGGUACAUAGUUGUGAGCCGCGUUCAUUAUGCCGAACCGAUAAUUAGUGUAACGGCGGCUGAGUAUAGGCACUUCAGCCGAGUCCCGCUGUGAACCGUUAUUGGUUGUAGAUCUACAUACUGGCGUUACUUUAAAGGACAUAUCGUUCGUAUUGUGGUAUUGCCAGCUCAUAUAUAUGUGUGUUGGGACUCUAUAGUUGCGGAUUUGGCGCCUGACUAUACGAAGGGGCUUAAGUGUUUCCCAAAUUGGCUUCCUGCACCACCCAUUGCUACCAUGAUACUGAAUGUAUAGCAACAUCUCCACCAUAUAUCUUAUAUCUGUAAGCGUUGAUGCCAGGUCACUCGGAACUCACCCAGAAAUUGAGAUACAUCGUAUGAGGGGAAAUGGAAGAAUAUCGUCGUGAAUCUACC